ACACACACAAUUUUACACAAAAAAAAAAUAAAAUUAAAAAACAAAGGCAACAAACAAGUGUAUGAUUCAUGAAUUUCAUAGAUGCGAAAAUACCGAUUGUAUCUCGCUUCUACCACCACGUGUCGACCGUUACUCCUAUUUUUAUCUACUUAGCAUAAUUAAAUUUUACUAUUUUAUUUUUACUAUAUAGUUUUUUGUAUUAAAAAUUCUCCUAUAGUUUCUCUUUUCUUUCUCACAUAUUUUCCGCGAACUCGAUCGGCAUCGGAAGAACGAACGGAAGAGAAGAAAAACCCACCACGACAUCAAUUUUCCUUCCGAUUUUUUCUUCUUUCUUCGUAACCACGAAUUUUCCUUCUCAUUCUCUUUUCUAAUUCACUUUCUUUCCUUUUCAUUUUCCCAUUCCCAAAUUCAAUUAGGGUUUUCAUCUUUCGAAUUCCUUUUUCUCUCUCAAAUUAUAUCAUUCUCAUCAUCUUUAUAUCUUCCUAUUCCAAAUCUUCGAUCGAGUUUACAACAACAAAUAGAAAAAAAAUCAAAAAAAGAUAGUAGAAUUAAUUUUCUGUUUUUGGUUUUUUUUUUCUUUCUCCUUGUGGAAGAAGAAAAAACGAUUCUAAUUUUGUUCAUCUGAUUCCAAUUCCAUAUUCUAGCUGUUUUUAAUUUUUAAUUUUCGUUUAUUAUUUGCUUCUUUGAUUGCAAGAAACUCUGUGAAGUUUUUGGUGCGUUGUUUUAGUUUGCUAUCCGAAAUUGAGGGUUUUCUUGUUAGAUCUAUUCCACUUAUUUGAUUAUGUUUUUUAAUUUUCAUUGUUAGAAUCAAAAAGAGAAAAAAAAAAAAAAAAAAGGAAAAUUGUUGUUUUGAUUAGAAAAUUUGAAUUAGCCCUUAAAAGUUAGGGUUUGUUGCUGAUUGAUUUAGUUUUAGCCUUUAGGGUCUGUGGCUGAUUGAUUUGGUUAGGGUUUGUGUAUAUAGAUAGGAUUGGAAGGGAAAAUACAUGUCAUGGCAUUGAAUUUCUCUCAUCGGCCAAUUUUUCCGAGUGGUUUGUCUGAGGAUAACUUGGUUUUGCCGAUGAGAAUGGGGAACGGGUACCGAGUAGAGGGUCUUCCUGAGAAGAGUGGUGGUAGUGGUAGUGGUAGUGGGGAUGGAUUUGGUAAUGGGUGGCGUGAUGUUGAUAAUUGUUCUGUAUCUAAGGACAUUCUUGAUCUUUUGCCUUCGGAUCCUUUUGGGAUGGAUAUCAGUACUACCUUCACAGCCAUCACCGGAUGGUUGGAAGAUUUGGAUUUGGAUUUUGAUUAUGGUGGGUAUCGGCGAGAUGAGAUUGGAGCCAGUGGCGAGAAUUAUCCUUUGUUUGCUGGGUUGAAUUUCAUUUGGAAUAAUGCUGUAAGGUUCCACAACUUUCCUUCCCAAGGGGGGAGUGUGUGCAUUGACGAGAAGAUUUCUCAAGGGGUGAGUGGAUUCGGUGAGUGUUCUCGUAGAGAAGUUGGAGAACCAUCCUGCAGCUAUGGUUCUGGAUCUUCUUGUGACAUGGAUGGCGUUUUAGGUUUUAGGUGUGGUUAUAAAGAUGUAGCUGUUGCUAGCGUGUCAGGUGACACAAACAUGGAUGAUGUGAAUUGCUCUGAAGAAGACGAACGCUCUCCUCAUCCGGCUAUAGCACUUUCUCUUGCAUAUUUGAGUUUGUCUGAUCUUCUUGUUGUUGAGAGAGUAUGUAAAUAUCUGCGUAAUGUUGUUCGAGAUGAUACGCUUCUGUGGAAGACUGUCCAUGUUGACCAGCCUUUAAAUGAAAGGAUCACUGAUGACAUUCUUUUCGAAUUAACCAGAAGGGCUCAAGGUAAACUUCUCUGCCUGAGCCUGGUGGAAUGUACUUGGAUAACUGAUGAUGGCCUGAGGCGUAUUCUUGAGGCCAAUCCCACAAUAAUCAAGCUGAGUGUUCCUGGAUGUACAAGACUUAGUAUUGAAGGUAUUGUGGGUAUGUUAAAAAAUCACAACUCUAAGGAGGGUACACAAGGGGUGAAGCAUUUACACAUAGGCGGCCUCUAUGGUGUUACACAAAAGCAUUUUGAAGAAAUAAAACUCUUGUUGGAGCAUUCUAAGAAAUCGGACUUGUUGGGCACCGACAGUCAACUGCAGGAGCAUGCUAAGAAAUCGGACUUGUUGGGUACUGACGGUCAACCGAAGAAGCAUUCUCACAAACCGCACUUCUAUUGCCGUUGGAAGUUGUAUCGGCCCUUCGAUGAUGAUCGGUCCUUAGAUAUUGAAGUUUGUCCUCGAUGUCAGAAUUUAAGGCUUAUAUAUGAUUGUCCUGCAGAAAGCUGUCAACGGUUGGUAGGAAACGCCACUCAGGCCUGUAGGGCUUGCACUCUUUGCAUACCGCGAUGUAGUCAGUGUGGCCGCUGCAUCAAUGACAGCGAGUAUGAAGAAACAUUUUGUCUGGAAUUGCUUUGCUCUUUUUGUUCUCAGCCUUUGGUCAAAUUGUUGGGAAGGACGGAUGGAAAGGCCGGGCUUGUCAGCUCAGUUCUCCCUGAGCAAAGUUAGGGCAUGUGUUGUGUCAUACAUUAUCAUACAGAAGAUGUCUUUGUGAGGAAUAAUGUCCCCCCUUUUGAAGUCAUAUGAAAUGCUGGGUGCAGUUGGACUUGUUUGGCAUUUGUUGUAUUUGGUGGGGAUUUUCCUGUUGUAGAGAAAGUGGAAAUUGAUUUCGUUUUUCUGUCUCUGCUGCUAUUCGAGCAACCUGCAGGAACCAAAUCAGUUACUAUGAUUAUGGAUUGCCUACUACAUAUUUACAAUGGGUUUUUGAUGACGUGACACUACGUGAUUAUGGGGGCUGCGGUUGGAGCGAUAUGCUUUGCAAUGCAACCUUUCAUUGGGUCACUUUCAGAUAAUAUUUGUGAUAUAGUUCUAUUGCUUUUCCAGUUUGAAUUAUCUGAUUUCUAGACUUUUGGUUACUUCAAUAACUGCACUGGUAAUUCACUGUUUCCAGGUUGGGGUCUAUGUACCCUGUUUAUUCUUUUUCCCAUCUUUGGAUAAAGACAAAAAAAAUAAAAAUAAGUGGAUAAUAUUGUGGAUGUCUUAGAUUCUAUUCGUAUGUUUUUUUAGCUUGUAUCAUGUGGAACUCAUUUGACUGAAGUAGCUUUAAAUGAAUGAAUAUCUUGGGAUGUUUUAGCAAAAUAA